AUCCAUUUGCCAAGGGUUACUUGUAAAACCUUUUGGCUAGGAGAGGGUUUGGGAAGACGUUUGUUAUGAUCGAGACCGGGCACACUCCUUCGCUGUUUCUCCAUUCUCCACUGAGACUAAAAACUUCAUCCAUUCUCCACUGAGACUCCAUUACUGACGACUAAAAAUUGGUUCAAGAAAGAAUGGGAGCAGGGAGGCAAACACAGACGACAUUCCCAUUCUCGGAAGGGGGUCAAAAAAAUUCAAGCAUUAGCAACCCUGGAAAGAUGAGAAAUCUGAGGAAAAUUGAUCUUGGAGGGGUUAUAUUUGGUUGUACUCGCCACACCAUGAAAGAAUGUCUCUCCAACCAGAUAUUUGGUUUACCAGGUGUACACUUCUCAUACAUCAAGAACAUCGAACCGGGCUUGCCGCUCUUCUUGUUUAAUUACACUGACAGACAACUUCUUGGAAUCUAUGAAGCGGCAAGUAAUGGGGAAAUGAAUAUAAACCCAUAUGGAUGGAGUCAAGAUGGUCAUGAGAGAACACAAUAUCCUGCACAGGUUCGCAUAUGUGUCCGAAGGCAAUGUAAGCCACUGUCUGAAAACCAAUACAGGCCCAUAAUCGCGGGCAACUAUUACACUAAGGUUCAUUUCCGUUUUGAACUGGAUCAUGCUCAGACUAGUGGAUUGAUUUCCUUGUUUGAAAAAUUGCCAAAACCUGUCCCUGUGAAUCCCCAAAUUUCAUGUCCCCCUAUUUGGGUUUCCAAACAUGAUAAGAAAGCUGAAAAUGAAAAUGCGUGGACAUCAGUUUCAGAUGGCUGUUUUGCUCAAUCAGAUCAUGCUAAUAUAAUGAUGGGGUCUCAAACCGAGAUUCCUCAGUAUUCAUCCAAGGGGAAUAUUCUUCAAGACAUGAACUCCAACCUCGAUGUCAAUUUAGAUUGGAAUUCAAGUACUAUGCAGUUAGACCGGUUCAAUUUGGAGUCGAGUUCCUUAAAUGCUGUUCCUAGUGAGGAUAAAGACCAUCAGAAUUUGCAACCUGGCCUACACACAGUUGAAUGGGGAGAUGAUGAGGAACUUGUUGUUGAAAGAGAGCAGGUGAAGUGUCAUCCAACAGAUUACGAAGAAAAUGUUGCUGUUCCUUGUGAGGGUAAAACCACAUCUUUGGGAUUUGACUGCGAGCCAAAAGUACCAUCAUUUACUCUAGAUAAGCAUGAAGAGGUCACAAUUAACUCAUCCGUUCUCCAGUCUUUGAUGUGUCAGCUGAGACAAGAAUUUGAAGAACUUAAGGUUCAACAACUACAAAAGACUAGUCUACUGGAAAAGAAAUUGACCGAGUCACAAAUUCAAGUUAAACAAUUGAAUAUUCGCGUGAAAGAGCUGGAGUCGCAGUUAGUUCCUUCUGUUGCAUGCGUUAAGUCAAGUGCUGCUAAAGAAACAUCAAAAGAGUUGAUUGAUGAACUAUCUCUAGGUGUGAAUGAGCUGUUAUUCCUAAUAGGAGGAUUUGAUGGCACUUCAUGGUUGUCGGCUAUGGAUUGCUAUUCACCUUCUAGUGACAGUAUGAGAUCUCUUAGGCCAAUGAACUUAGUCCGCUCAUAUGCUGCAGCUUCAGCACUAAAUGGUGAAAUCUAUGUAUUUGGCGGCGGAGAUGGUACUUCGUGGUAUGACACAGUUGAAUCCUACAACCCACAAAGAAAUGAAUGGACCCCCCGUCCUUCAUUAACUCAUAAAAAGGGAUGCUUAGGUGGAGUUACUUUGCAUAAUAAAAUAUAUGCAAUUGGGGGUGGAGAUGGAGUUAACUGUUACUCAGAUGUAGAGAUGUUUGACCCAGUUGUUGGAACGUGGAUCCGCACUCAAUCAAUGUUACAUCAGAGAUUUUCUGGUGCUGCAGCGGAGCUCAAUGGUGUAGUUUAUGCUAGUGGGGGAUUUGAUGGGGACAACUAUUUGAAUUCUGUUGAACGAUUUGACCCAAGGGAGGUAGUUUCUUGGUCUCGGAUCCCAAGUAUGAAUACUAGAAGAGGGUGUCACUCCUUGGUUGUUCUAAAUGAGAAACUGUAUGCUUUAGGAGGUUAUGAUGGAAGUAAAAUGAUUUCAAGCGUGGAGGUGUAUGAUCCUCGAAUGCAAUUAUGGAUAGCACAUCAGAAUAUGAAGGAACCAAGGGGAUAUUCAUCUGCUGCCGUUGUUGGAGACACAAUUUUUGCCAUCUCAGGGUUAAAAGAGGGCAAAAUGGUGAUAGAUACGGUUGAAUGUUACAACGAAGGCCAUGGUUGGCAGGUGUCGUCUAACCUGAAGUGUGCAGGGAAGAGGUGCUUCUCUACUGGACUUGUUGUGUAAAACUUUGAUGCAAGUAGAUUUUGCACCAUCUUAUUGUCUCGGUCUUCCACUCGGGUUGAAAUUGUACAUAGACGUGUCUUUACCAGAAUUAGUGGUGUAUAAAUAGAGGGAGGGAAGUAUUCUACACUACUGUGUCAGCCUUUUGUUUCUGUACUGUGGUGAUUGCUGAAAGGACCCCUCCUUAAAUGAAAUUUCGGCAGAGUAAUAUAUAUCUACCAUGUUUAAUUUUC